AUGUGUACAAACAUGUGCAUAGAUUCAGAAAAGGAUCCCUCAAAAACUACAUCUAACAAAAAGAAGAAGAAGAAGAAGAAGAGUAAGAGAUGGAAGAUUUGGUGCUGAAGUCAACGAGCAUUGUGCGUCCCAGAAACAUUGCUAACCAAUCAAUAUCAGAUCGUGUGAAGAAGAUCAAUCUGACUCCAUGGGAUCUCUUGCGUCUUAGUUUUUGUUAUCCUCAAAGAGGUCUCUUCUUUCACAAACCUGACGAUUUAGAUAUUGAUACAAUCAUCUCAAAGCUAAAAACUUCACUCUCUAUUGCUCUCCAUCACUUUUACCCUUUGGCUGGUCGUCUUGUCAAAGAAGUCAACGAAGAGGAUAACACUGUCUCCUAUUUCAUCAGCAGCUGCGAUGAUGGUUCCGGUUCGGGUGGUGUGAAGUUUGUUCACGCUGCAGCUAAAACAAUACCGGUCAGUGAUCUGGUUAAGUCCGGUUUUGUCGAUGGAUUGCUCGGUUCUUUCUUCUUCCCUGCGACUGGAAUCAAGAACUAUCAAGGUGUGUCAAACCCUUUACUUAUGGUCCAAGUAACAGAAUUAAAAGAUGGGAUUUUCAUCAGCUGUGGCUAUAAUCAUACCGUUGCUGAUGGCAAAUCGAUCUGGAAAUUCAUCAAUGCAUGGUCAGAGAUUUGCUCCAAGGGUUCUGGAUCUGUCCCCAUGGAUCUUUACCUCAAAGGUUGGUUUCUUGAUCGUAUCGAAUAUCCAAUCCGAAUCUCAGAUCCUGAAACAGAACAGCCUAGUAACGGUGCUUCAACAACAUCAAAUAUGUUACAAGAGAUUGUAUUUCGUCUUACAAAGGUGAAUGUGCUAAAACUGAAAGCUAAAGCUAACGAUGAAGCUGUGUCCAACGAAGAUGGAGAGAUCUCUUCGUUUCAGGCGGUUUUAGGACAUAUAUGGCGUUCAAAGGUCAAACACGGUGGCAUGAGCCGAGAAGAAGAAACACAUUGUAGAGUACCAAUAGACAUGAGACAGAGGCUAAACCCAAAGCUAAAAGAAGACUGUUUCGGGAACUUGGUUCAUACCGGAAUAGUAACCGUUAAAGUUGGGGAGAUGCUGGACCAUGGUUUAGGCUGGUUGGCUCAGAAGAUAAACAGAGUGGUUAGGUCGCAAACCGAUGAUAAUGUAAAAGCAUUUGGAGAGAAUUGGGUCAAGAAUGUUGAGAUUCCGGUUUCUGUUAGUGCCACUCUGCUUGUUAGUAGCUGCCCCCGGUUUAAUGUGUAUGGAAACGAUUUUGGGUGGGGUAAACCGAUCGGUUUACGUUCUGGACCGCCACUUAGCAAUGGGAAACUAGUGGUUAUCCAAGGGGUGGGAGAAGGAGGUCUUGAAUUUCAAGCUUGUUUCCCUUGUCAAGUUAUUGUAAAACUAUUGUGUGAUGCUGAGUUUCUGGAGUAUGUGGACACUGCUUCAUGA